CCCGCCCCCAGCGUACCCCUCCCCCGGGGCCUCGUGACAACAGGGUCGUGCGCGGGUCAUCCUGGGAUUUGUAGUUCGCUUUUCCCUAGUUUCGUCAGUUUCUUCUUUCCAAGGACUCCAUUUCCCGGCAUGCACCGCGGCUCCUAACUCUAAGCACUUGCGCGUUGCCCUCUUCCCCACCCUCCCCAGUUUCCACUCCCCCCACCCCACUUCGCCUGCCGCGGUCGGGUCCGCGGCCUGCGUUGUAGCCGUCGUCGCGGUCUUUGGAAGCAGAAACUCCCCUUCCCCUCCCCGUCCCCCGGUCCCAGUCCCCGUCCAGUCGCCGACGUGAAGAUGAGCAGCUCAGAGGAGGUGUCCUGGAUUUCUUGGUUCUGUGGGCUCCGUGGCAAUGAAUUCUUCUGUGAGGUGGAUGAAGACUAUAUCCAGGACAAAUUCAAUCUCACUGGACUCAAUGAACAGGUGCCUCACUAUCGACAAGCUUUAGACAUGAUCUUGGACCUGGAGCCUGAUGAGGAGCUGGAAGACAACCCCAACCAGAGUGACCUGAUUGAGCAAGCAGCCGAAAUGCUCUAUGGAUUGAUCCACGCCCGCUAUAUCCUCACCAACCGUGGCAUCGCCCAGAUGUUGGAAAAGUACCAGCAGGGAGACUUUGGAUACUGUCCCCGUGUGUACUGUGAGAACCAGCCAAUGCUUCCCAUCGGCCUUUCAGACAUCCCAGGUGAGGCCAUGGUGAAGCUCUACUGCCCCAAGUGCAUGGACGUGUACACACCCAAGUCAUCGAGGCACCACCACACGGAUGGCGCCUACUUCGGCACCGGUUUCCCUCACAUGCUCUUCAUGGUGCACCCCGAGUACCGGCCCAAGAGGCCCGCCAACCAGUUUGUGCCCAGGCUUUACGGUUUCAAGAUCCAUCCAAUGGCCUACCAGCUGCAGCUCCAAGCCGCCAGCAACUUCAAGAGCCCAGUGAAGACGAUUCGCUGAUUCCCCACCCCACCUGUCCCUCGGUCUUUGACACUUUCAUUCCUUUGCUGCCACAAUUUCAGGAACCCUCUAUGGUUUUUAGUUUAAAUUAAAGGAGUCAUUAUUGUGGUGGGAAUAUGAAAUAAAGUGGAAGAAAAGGCCAUGGGCUGAUUGGCUGGUGUUUGGGGUUGGGGAAGCACGGGUAAUGGUAUGCUGGGCCCCAGGAGCCCUCCUGGCCCAGCCCACUCUCUUCAAGUGGAAAACCAGCACAGAUUUGUACCCAGUAGAUUUGGGUGAUGUUUUUAGGACUGGGUGUAGGGAUGUACGGAGAUCACAAGGCAAAGACAGAAAUCGGAUUUCAAAGCCUGGAGAAAUAUUUGCUCUUUUUGUGCUACCUGCAGUUGGCUGUUUAGGGGAUGUAAUCAACAUCACUUUGAGUUUUAUAAAGAAAGUGGUCCCAAAAUAAACUGAACUAUAAGGGGUGGGGAGAAGAGGUUCAAGGUCCAGAAUUGCUGUUUUGUGUCUGUGUGCCCCCUCCUGGGGAAGCUGAGACAUGCUCAUCUCAGAAGGAUGAAGGUCACUGGGUUCCUGGUUAAAGUUUCUCCCAGAACAGUAGGGACUGGCCCUGUUGUGUAGGGAGGAUGGCAGGUGGUACCAGAGAAUGAAACUAAUCCAUGGACCCUGGAGGGGCAGGAACAGAUCUUUGAGGGACACUCAGGACAAAAGUAGACAGCUGGAUUGGGGCCCAGAUAUUGCACCUGUCUGGGCUGCCGCUCCCACAUUCAGGAACCAGACCAGGUGGGUGAGGACAUGUUCUCCUGCCAAGCUAAUUGCUUCCUGCCCCAGGGAGGAGUAUAGCUUUGUACCUACAGCAGCUCCUGCCCAGACUACCUGUCAAAACCACCCUGCAGUUCAGGCUCAAGGAGUGUGGUCACGGGGUUUCUAGGCACCCCUCGGGGAAUGCCCCUCUCCCCAGAAGUCCAUGAUGAAGGCCCACAUGCUUAUAGGUGCACUGGUCAUGGUGGGCUUCACGGUGGGAAAGGGUAAGUGGAGCAGGGGCAGGGCAGGAGGGGUGGCUGAGUACAGGGAGAGGGUGGCGGUGGAUGAGCGGGAUGUUGCAAGGCAGGGAACUUGGAGUGGGCCAACACCACCAUCCGUAUCUUCCGCUUCCCCAGCUCCUGUUUCUGAAGUCCGGACCUGCCACCUCUGCCUCUUAGAAAAUCCUGCUGUAGGAUGCAUUUCAGGCUCAGAGAAGUGCACUAUCAGCAGCUCAUCCCCGUGCAUGGUGAUCAGCAUCAACUAUGAGAACAAAGCUCGCUUCUUAAUCCGAGGCUGUGGACAACACAAUUCCUACCGCUGCCAAGAAAACCUCCCCACCUACAUCUCAGAGUACUGGUACUCGGCCCAGUGCUGCCAGUAUGACUACUGCAACUCCUGGUACAGUCCCCAGCUCCAGAGUGCCUUGCCUGAGCCCCCUGACAGGUCCCUGGCUCUGCCCCUGUCUCAGUCCCAGAUCCUGUGGUUCUACCAAACCCUGAACCUGUCACUGCCCCUGCCCAGCUUCCCUGCUGGGGAGGAGCCUUCUGAAGGCCUGGACCCCCUGGCUGGCCCACCCGUGAAUCUGAGUUUGUCCAUUGCUGACCUGCGCAGCAUAUACCUGUUCCUCAACAGUUCUGGACUUUUGACUCUUCCCUGGGCUGGUCCCUGACAUCUUUCCCUGCGCAGAUAGAUUUCUCUCUGGUCUAGCGUCUCACUCCUGGCACCCCAGCAUCAUGCAUUGUCUUCUCAGAACACUCCCACUCUUGGGUCUGUAAGUUCUCAGUCUUCCUUUCUUUUGCCUUUCCUUUGUCCUUCCGGUGUCCGUAUGGUUUUGGUCUCAUCUCCUCCCCCAAAAAAGCAGUUGGCAGUGUACCCAGAGCCCUUCGACCACCUAGAAUAUAAUCUCAAAUGUGGAUUCUGCCUAGGCUGACCUGGGUAAAGGAACAAUGGUUUUCUCAACAUUGUCCUGUUAACUGAAUGUCCCAUCACCCCCAUCCCACCCCCCAUCUUCCUGAUCUCUCUCAGUCUGGCUGUUUCCACUCUGCUAUACCUAGCUAGUUCAGUCUGUGCCAGACUGAACUUGCAUCAGAAAGGGUGAGAGCUGGACUUCGUGAAGGUUUCCUGACUGAGCAGUGUGGCGCCCCUCCUUCACUGUCUACCCCCCAUGCUCCUGCCUGGUCAGCUGCCUGCUCUCAUCUCUUUUCCCAGUCUCUGGCUUCCUCAGCUCCGCUUCACAUCCCUGAGCCAUGACACCCACUUGCACAGAUUCCCAGGGAGAGGAGGGGGUCUGUCCCUUGUUCUGCACUCCCUAGUCCUCCUCCACAAUAAACAAACUGCCCAGA